AUGAAGGGCGUCGCGCUCGUGCUGUGUGCCCAAAGGAGGUUCCUGAGCGUGUACAACUUUUUCAUCUGUGUGAGGAAGGGCGGGGAGACCACGCUGGUCAAAGAUAUCAAGCAGCGCUACGUCAGGGAAGUAACAAAAUAUCAAGCGGAGAAAAGGAACCACGCGGAAGAGAAAAAGGAAAAAAGCAAAAAAGAAAAGCAUUUAAUCCGAUUAGGCAAAUGCAAUGGGGGGGUGCAAAUUAAAUGCUCCCCAUCGCUCAUUUAUCUUCUAUCAUUAAAAUGUGGUUAUAUCGAAAGCAUAUGGCUGAACGUUUCGAAGAAUGCCUCCUGCACUUCCCUGCUCUCUCUUGAAGAGAUUAUCAGAAGGGUUCCUUGGGAUUCUUACAUUUCUCCAAUCCAUUUGGAGGACAUUCCGUUGAAGGUCACUUCGCGAAAGUCGAAGCUGUUUGACGUUGCCGAGAUUGGACGUGCUGUACGUUGGCGAUUAAAUGAGUUCAUCAGGUCAUACAGAGGGGGCAACAUAACAAAGGGUCACAUCGCAGCAGAGCGGUCUCCAUCGCUAGACGCAUGUCUGGUAACCCCCCUCUUGGAAGAUCCCCCUCCGGAUGAAAGUACACACGAAACGCAUGUGGAAAACUCAAACGAAAGGACAAAAAAAAACAGAUGGAAUUUAUUAUCUGUCCAUAUUGAAGAUAACUUAUGCAAUGUGGAUAUCAAAUUUACAGGCAAAUUGUCUCCUCGAUUUUAUCAGUACUGUCAUGUGGACAAGCUGGAUAGUGUGGCUAACUACGACAAGUGCAACAAUCUGAAUUUCGAUUCUCUCUUCAAUAAGGAGUUUCAUAUCGGUGAUGAACAGAUUAAGAGUAUCGUCACGGAGAACGUCCCAUUUUGGUCCAUAUUUGAAGAAAAGAAAAAAAUUCAACUAAGUGAUGAAAAUGGCCCAUCUGGAGAGAAGACGCAACACCAUUAUAAAUACAGCUAUUUUGGGGAUGCCCUCAAGAGGGGGGAUUCACCCGACCGUCUGAUGAGUGCCAAAGAGGUGCCACCACCAGGGGAGAAGUGCCACAUUAACAGUCACCCGAAUGGAAACAAUGAUAGCCCCUACAUGGGACACCUUUCCAAUGAGGAAGAAGUUGGAAGGGGGGGUGGAAUUGGCACCCCUGCAGGGGAAAAAUGCGCUCAUGAGGAAACACCCAGGAGAGAGCAUCCCCCCGACGCACUAACGCACAACAUUGCGAAAGACAAAAGGGAAAAUCAAAAUCAUCGCACUGAAGCAGAUCGAAGCAGUGCACUCGGCAUAUCACACGUCGAUAACGAACGUGUGGUAAACUACCUGAGCGAUAUGGAAAUGAAAAGGAUGAACCAUCAGAACAACAAUUUUUUUUUAAGUGACGACUGCUACGACGCAGCUAGCUGUAUAUAUUCCCUAGCUGUGCAGAAAUGUCUAAAGAAUCAGAAACAUGUAAAACUCAUUUGGGACCCCUUCUGCUCCAAUGGAAACAUCAUCUUCGAGUUGUUGUUUUAUUUUCUUCGCAUUCCAAUUUAUAGCGACCAGCAAAUCUUACCCUUCAUGAAUUUGAAAAUAUAUGACCAGCAAGAGUUUCGACACCUUUAUCGAUACGUUCUGGACAACCCAGACGCUGCACCGAAUCAUCAGGUGCAGUUAAUCGGUACCGACAGUCGGAGCAUUAUGAUUGCUCAGUGUAAAAAGAACCUAGUCAGGUGCGCAUUGUACUAUAAAGAUAUUUUUGAGAAAGUAAAGCAAAAUAGAAGGUGUGGCUAUCGGGGCAGUUCUACGAACGAAGCGAGCCGAUGCACUUCUUCACCUGGAAGUUACUUGUGUAGAAAUUCAUUUUUAGGUGGCGCGCUGAGGGAUCGUGUCAUGGGCGAACAUGAGGAAGAGCACGGCGAGGUGGACGUGACGGGUGAGAAUUGCGCACCUCCCUUUGAUGAAGCAGCAGAGCGGAGUUAUGUUCGAGAUAUGGAUGCGCUACGCAGGUUGAAGGAGACUCCAAUGGGCGGAUUACCCGGAGGCGGCACCGCGAGGGAGGCGGCCUCAUCGGAAGAAGCCCCAUCGGAAGAAUUCUCAUCCGAAGCAGCCUCAUCAGAAGCACUCUCAUCCGAAGCACUCUCAUCCGAAGCAGCCUCAUCAGAAGCACUCUCAUCCGAAGCAGCCUCGUCAGAAGCACUCUCAUCCGAAGCACUCUCAUCCGAAGCAGCCCCAUCGGUAAUAACCGCCCCCGACUUGCACGCCACAUCUGUAUCCACCGCGGAGGACCGCAAGUACAAUUUGGAGUUCCCCUUGGACGUCUCCUUUCACAAGGCCCACUUUUUCAACGUCGCCCCGUUUGUAAAGGACGCGAUAAUUAUAACAAAAAUACCUCACUUCAGUUUUGUAAAGGAACUCGGAGUCAACAAAAAAACCUUCACCCUGUACGAGCAGUUCGAGCAGAUGCUAAGCUCAAGAAGCGACUGGAAGGGAGUAUACGUCCUCAUCAGAAAUCAGGUCUUUCUAAACAAAUCGAAAUUGGAAUGGAACAAAAUGCUGUCAUUAAAGGACUCAAAGGGUAGGCACUUAACGUUACUCAGUUGGACGGGACGGAAGAAGAAUUUAUAUUCAUUUGCAACGGAGGACGACAAGCUGAGGGAGCUAGAACGGUUUAGCGACAGUCUGACCUUUGAGGCGUAG